UUCUCACGAAUAACCGCAGAUUUAUCUCAGAACUGAGUUAAUAGCCUGCUGUGGAGGAUUUGAAGAUGCUUACAAGAUUGAUCCUGCAUACAACAUGUUAAUGUUAAUGCUUGUGGCUACAACAAGGCAAGAUGAACUUUGAAUGAGUGAAACUGAAAUUGUUACAAGAAUUCCUAAAUGUGAUCAAUUAUGUGUGUAAUUAUUUGUAAAGGAGGGGGGAAAUCAAUGUUUGUCAUCUCAAGAUGCAUAUUUUAAAUAUGGGUCUAUUUUAAUAACAGGAUUAGAAGAGAAUGGAAACAACUUCCUUUACUAACAUCAGUUUCUCAAAAGCGGAUAUUAUAAUAUUGCUGGAUCUGAUUCUAGGAACUUUACCUACAUGGUAGGAACUAGCAAAGAUACUACUCAAAGAAGGUUACUUUGUUGUAAAAACAACAACACAAGACUUGAAAAAUUUACCAAAUACUAUUUAAUUGACUUAAACUGAACAGAUUUAUUUAGUGCCUAAAGCCUCAUCCCAAGAUUAAACUAGUUUGGAACAAGAUUGGUUUUGUACAUACUUGCAAUGUGUUGUAUCCUGCCACUCCACUCAGUUGAGCUAAAUCCUUCCUCUACCCCCAGGAGUCUAACUUCAACCCAAGGACCUGAAGGGAGGAGAUACUCUUAGCUGAAAAGGAUUCAACCCACUGAGUGAAAACUAAUUAAGUGCCAUCACUAUUUAUGAUCAUUUAUGGAAAGUAUCCUUGCUUCCUUCUCUCUCAUGUUUCUGUUCUGCUAGAAGGCCACGGGAGGUGAGAUCGUCGUGAUUCUUACUGCCGCUGCUGAUUUGCUUCACAUUACUGGGGUUCACUUGGUCAAGGUUCUACCUAGGCCAGAUUGACUUGAAAUAGUAAUGGCAGAAGAUGUCUGUGCUUUCAUUGUGCAAGGAAUGGUGUGCAUAGGAAUUGUUAGACCGUGCUUAGGAUGGGGGGAAAUGAAUACGAGGUUGUCCAUUGCCUCUUGGUCUUAGAUGUUUGGAAUAUUUGGAGACAGAGCUUGUCUCCAAGUGCUAUCUAUAGCUGGACAUAGCUGGAAAUAUUUAGUGCAAUUUGACCAUAGGCCCAAAACUGAUCAUAGGAAUGUUAGCUGCACUCAGAGAAAUGGAAUCCCUUGAUCCUCAUCCUUACUCUCCAUUGUGACUUUUUGAUUGUGCAAUAAAAGUACUCCUGAGAAGUCACUUUGUGCCAACAUUAUUUUAAUGGCCUACAGAGUCUUUACAGCUAGUAGAGCUUUCAGCCUUGCAUCACCAGCUCUAUCCCCCCAAAACCUCUUCAGCAGGUCCACUGAAUACAUGGGGAUUUUAGCCACAGUAGCUCUGGGGAGUAGAAAUGUCUUUGUAAAACAGAAAUGCUCCAUUGGCCUUCUCAAUUGGCAUCUGGUACAUUGCCAGCCUGGUAGCUUUGUUUCUUAUAGUAUUGAAAAAAUGAGUUACUCAUUAGAGAGGGAAACAUGAAGUUUCUUAUGGAGUUCUACUUCUAGAUAACCAAUAUAUACCAUUUAUGAAAUAUAACUGUCCAACUGAAGACUAGCUGAUGAAGUCAAAGUGAACUAUUUGAAUCUAAGGUAAUUAUACCUAACAUAGCCCACAUCACACGUUUGUAAGCUUACCGAACCUUUACCAAUGGAAGAAUAUCCAUGCUGGCAGAUUCAACUGAACAUUUUCUUGGCUUAAUUUUCAUGGCACCAUUUGCAGUUGUCUUUGCUUCAGUGCCUUACUCUCUGUUGUAAGUUGAGAAACGAGAUGUGCCUGAGGAAAGCUAUUCACGUGUGUGUGCGUAACUGCUUUGCCAUCAGACCUCUAGGUCCUGUUGGCAAUGGCUCUAUGGCAACCUGCUUAGUAACAAAAAAACAUUAGCCAGUAAUAGCUCCUUUCAGGAGCAGCAAGGCAGUAUUGCUGAAUGCAAACCAGUUCAAAGGACUCAACAUUUAACACUCCAAACAUCUGGGAAGUCAGCCAAAUCUCUGCAUAUUCAAAUCCAGUGGCUAGAGCUGUGAGUGGACAAGGUAGAUGUUUCUAUAAACCUGAAAAGGACCACGUAGGUGAGCUCUCUAAAGGAAUGGAUAACCUGUGGUCUUCUUUCCCAUGCCACAGUCAUUGCUGGGUGAUGCCGACUGAAGCUAAACAUUCAUAUAGAAACUUCAUAACAAAUCCUAGUUUGAUCUACCAUGGUUCCUUAGUAGCAUGUCCUGCCUGUGCUCUUAGACCAUUCUUCCCACCAAGGUGCUUGUGUCUUGAUCGCUACCCCUGUUUUGCUGAUACAACCUGUAAGGCAGUAAAGAAUCUGGAAGAAUCAUUGUACACAGAUGGCACCCCUGUCCUUGCAAGAAGGGACACUGAUGGAUAUUAUUACCCUGGCAUAAUAAUAAAGAAGGUAGAGGGUGAGAAAAGGGAGUUCCUUGUUCAGUUUAUCAAGCCCUUUGCAGAGGAAGGAACAACCUGCAUACAAACGACAGCCAGCAGUGACAUCCUUGAAUAUGUGAACGGAAUGAGACAUUCCAUAUUGCCGGGUGACAAAGUGAUGGCACCUUGGGAGCCAGAGCAGAAGAGAUAUGGCCCCGGCACAGCCAUUCUAGGAACUGAGCACAGGGAUCCCCUGAGAGCAAAAGAAGAUGAAGAAAUUGUAGUCAGCUUUUGGAAUGGCAAGAAAGCAAGUGUUCCGCUUGGCGUGGCUUUGUGGAUUUCACCAACACAAUGGAAAAGGAUUGCGGAGAUGAUUAAUAUGCCCCUCACCAGCAGGAAGAGGUUGGAAGGGCAACUUCACCAGGCUAGCUGUCGCAUCUGCUCACAUAUUCCUGUACCAGCUUCUAUGCACGCAUGUUCUUUAGAAGGCCUUCUGAAGUGGCAGGGGCCUUAUUGCCACCGUACCUGUCCUUCCCACACUUACUUUUGUCACAUAUGCUCUGCACUUGCACACAGACAAUGUAUCUGCUGCUGUCUUAAGCGCAGUGGUGGGUUAGGCCAUCCUUUCUCAGCUGAAUUUUAUUUGAAAGAUAAUAAAGAAGAUGAAUUAAGCAGGAAGGUAUUUCCUCAACAACUAGCUCUAGAAGGUCUUUCAAAAGACCAGCCAGCUAUUGCCACAUCCAGCUCUUCUUCAUGCUCCUCAGGUUCUCCAAGUGAUGAAGAACAGCCCCUGAUCAAGACCACAAUGGUAGAUCAGGCAGUAAGCACAGAUUCUACCCUUUUUUAUAAGCCCAAACUGAAAGAAAGCAGGAGACCAGACUGGAAAUAUUGGAAGAGAAGUCAUCCCAGAUCCUUCUAUAAUAGUCAAGGAACCAACAUUUUGUGUAGCAGCUAUGGAAAGAAGAGAGAUGAAACCUGUACAAACUCCUAUGCGGAUAGGUCUCCAACUACUUUAAUGAACAAUAGUGCCAUGUUUGAAACUACUGAACAGUCUCCGCGAAGACUACUUACUGUGGGGGAAGUCCUGACCCAUGAAGGUAUAAAACUAUUUGCAGGCUGAGGAUAAAUAGUAAAUAACCUUUCAGCUCCCGCAUACGCUUGGUAUUUUGCUGUUAACUCAGGAACUAUUUGUAUCACUGAAUAACUUAGUUUCCAAUUAACAGUGUUAAGGAUUUGUCUAUACAAAUGCCAAGUGGAAUUAUUCACAAGAUCUAGCAAAUGUGUGCCUCUUUCAUGUUUAACUACAUGAAUUCUAUGGAGAUCAAUGUAUGAAACCCAGGGUCAGAGGGAGAGAGAACUGCAUCCGGGGCACGAUCUGCUCGCCCUGCCCUGAUUUGCCCACAUCAUGCCCAUGGGAGGGGGAGGUCUGCGGGGUGAAUUUCUGCCCCAACGUGUUGCCAAUGGCGUGGCGCCCUCCUCCCUGCACCAUUGCAGCUUUGACAUUGAUGAAACCAGAGGAAGAAGUUUUACAAUACAUUUUUCACAUUCUAGGAAAGAGAUACUUUGAAAUAAUCAUUUCAAAGCUUCAAGGCAGAAGAGAGGAAAUGGGAACCAGUGUAGUAUACUGGUUAGUGUGUCAUGCUAGGAUGUAGGAGAUAAGGUUUGAAUUCCCAUUCUCCCACCGAAGCCUGCUAGGUGACUUUGCCCCAGUCACACCAACACUUAGCCUAACCUACCUCAUAGUGUUGUUGUGAGGAUAAAAAGGAGGAGGGGAGAAUGUUGUAAGCCACUUUGGGGGAAAGAGUACAGUAUUAAUGAAGCAAUUAACUACAUGUUCCCUAUAGCAACAAAACUCUGCUCUGCUCCCACCUGUAGAGACUUGCAUCUUUAAAAAUUUGUUCUCAGACUUCACAGAACAGACUUCUAUAGAUCUACUUUUUAAAAGGUUUCACAUUGAAGUUGCCAUCUUUUUCUUCUUCUAUCCAGAAGGUUAAGGUUGCAAGCUGAUACCUGCUCUAGUCUGCACAGGCUCAUCUAACCAAGUCUGCACUGCAUCCUACACAAGCUUAAGACAAGAGGACUUAAAAUCCUGGCCUGAGACAUCUUUUUUCCUUUCCCGUCUCACCCCCUUUUGGAAUAUCUAGCCUGACACACUGAUGAUGUUUUCACUGGUACUAACAAAAGGUAGACAAUGGUUUCUUUUUUGACAGUCUAAACAACCAGACUGAUAAUGGCUUUGGUGAUUUCCAUCUGAGUUAUCAUACAUGUGUGCAGGGCACAUGGUAACAAAUCAAUCAUUAUCUUCUGUUCUAUUAAGGAAGAGGCUAUUGAAAUGAAUAGAGUAGGAUCUUUACAAAAUCAAUUAAAGGAUU